AUGGCCGUCUCCGCCCUCGACUCUCGCAUUUUCCGCAACUUAUUCGGAACACAAGAAAUCCGUGACAUAUUUACAGAUGAGGCAUAUGUCAAGUCUCUAAUCGAAGUUGAAGCCGCUUUGGCGCGCGCAGAAGCAACAGUUGGUGUGAUUCCCGCCCACGCAGGAAAGGGAAUUACCGAGGCUUUGGCAAGACUUCAGAUUGAGCACGUCGCAAUCACAUGUAUCCCCGCAACCACAGAAUAA